AUGGCUCCAUUUGCCUCCAAAAAAAGACGUCGCGAACCCGUCAAUGUGGACGUCAAGCUUGUAGAAAUCUACGAAGACCUGGCCAACGAGAAUGACGAGAUUAGAUUAAAGGCGGCUCAAGAUCUAGUGUCUCGAUUCACUCCCGAUCAGAAUCCUAUGGAUGAGCAAAUCGAAAAAAAUCUACAGCGGCUCUUUCGUGGCCUCUGUAGCGGCCGAAAGGCCGCUCGAAUCGGGUUCUCAAUUGCGUUGACGGAGACGCUGGCUCAAGUUUUCUCACCAUCUAGAGAUCUGUCAUCGUCGAAUUUAGAUGUUUCGAAAACAAUUGGAAUUUGGGAAACGCAAUCGAAUCCUGGGGGUUCUGUAUCCGGACAGGAGGAGAGAGAUCACUAUUUUGGUCGAAUUUUUGGAGCGGAGGCUAUCAUCAAGUCCUCCGUGCUAUUCCAGCCUCAAACUCCAUUCGAAGAAUGGAGUAAGAUUCUUUCCAUGCUAUUCGAUUUGGCCAAAAAGAAACCAUGGCUACGCGAAGAGUGUGGUUGGAUAAUUUUCUGCUCUUUACGAGACAUUCAGACUCACAAAUUUGAUGUUAAAUAUGUUGAGGCUGCGUUAGACUCCCUUUGCCAGAACGGCCUCGCCAAAUCACCAGAAGGGGUUGCUAUAUGGACGGUGGCGAAAGAUCUCUUUCCAGCGAUGAAAUUCCCUGAAGGGGUAUGGAAACACGGCAGUCCUCUUGACGUUCGAGAAAAAGCAACACUUGCGAAAAUAAUGAAAGAAACGUCAGAGUCGGAGCCAGAACCUGGGAAGGAGAAUGGUGUAGCGAAAAAUUCCGGCGUCUGGAAUCCAAAAUUACAUUUCACGUGGGAUGUUGUUCUUCAGAAGCUGUAUGCACAAUUGCCAGAGCUGAAUGGAUCUCUAAAUGAUAAGAAUUCAAAAGACACACAGGCCAGUUUCAUGGACUUUUGGACUGAGGUCAUUGACAAUGGAUUAUUUGCUGCAGCAUCCUCUGAAGAACGAAAGUAUUGGGGAUUUCUUCUUCUUGCGAAGGUUAUGAACGAAGCACCCGCACAUCUUGCUGCAUUGGUCUUCACAAAAAACCUCAUGCGAUCCUUCAUGAACCAGCUGGCUGUUGAAGAUCGCUAUCUACACCGCAUAGCCACGAAAGCGCUGAAGUCAAUCCAAGCACGCGUGGGAAAGGAGCCAGAUUUUAUUGUGCCUGCUCUCGAGGGACUAAUGGGUCCCACAGGAGCAGUUAACUUUGAUCAAAUUACCAAGACUAAAACCAUUGAAAAGAUGAUAUCUGCCAUCACUGCUAAUUCUUUGAAAGAUGUCGUUCCCCUUUUUGAACACAUGAUCACUAGACCCGGCAUGCAUGAUGCAAAAGCUGCUGCGUCGACUCGACAACAACUUGCCAGUCAUUUGCUUUCGGUUGUGAAAACACAGGCGUCCGCCAUUAAUAAUACUGCCGCGUCUGACGAGCUACAGGCGUCAGUUGAGAGUGUUUUGCUCCUUCUGGCUCGUUUUGCCUAUUUUGUGCCUGACAAGAACAGCAAGCUCAAACACACCAUACCGGAGCCCCCAAUCACCGAAGCUACCCAGGAAUAUUUUCGUAAUAGGAUAAUGUCCUGCCUAAAUGUUGUCAUCAGCGGCCGCAAAAAUUCGGUGGCUGUUCCUUAUAGUGUCGUCCGAAAGAUUCAUGAAAUGGACGCAUCAGGGGACUGGGGAAAAUUUGUCAUAGAAAUGGGUAAAGACAUCAAUGAAUCUGUUGCCUCAGCGUUCAAAACACUGAAGAAAUUGACACGCAAGGAAGAAAACAAUGAGAAGAAGGGUCCUAGCAUCCAAGCGUUUAAGCUUUUGUAUUCAAUGACCAUAUUGCUAGUGUACAAUGGAGAUGCUGAUGCAGUCUCCAUGCUGGAUGAGCUCAACUUCUGUUACUCGAAAUUCUUGAGCCACAAAUCAGAUCGUGACGAAGCGGAAGAGGCGUCAGAUGCGCUGGUGGAAAUCCUACUUAGUUUCGCGUCAAAACAAUCGAAGUUGUUCCGUCGGACAAGUGAACAUGUAUUUGGAACAUUUGCUGAUCAGGUCACAGCGACUGGGCUUCAAUCCUUGAUUGAUGUGCUGGAAGCAAAGGACACCUUGGCAGGCCAAGAGGAGAUGUUCGAAACCCAAGAAACUGGCAGUGAUGUUGAAAUGGUGGAUGCUGAAGACCCCGAAGAAGAUGACGAUGAUGAUGGCGAUGUUGAGGAGAUCAGCCAGGCCUCGUCCGGAGAAGAGGACGACGAAUCCGAAGAUGAGACAGAAAAUCACGAUUCUGAAGAAGCAGAUGAUGGCGAACUGGAAGCUUUUGAAGCCAAACUCGCUCAAGCACUAGGGACUCAUCGAGCUGACAAGGUUCUGAACCCUGCCUCAUCUGAUUUAGAUGACGCUUCCAUGAAUGACGAUGAAAUGGAAGCCAUCGACGGUCAAAUAGCAAACGUCUUCCGCGCACGCAAGCAAGCCCAUAGCAAAAAGCAAGAGAAAAAGGACGCAAGGGAGACCAUGCUCAAUUUCAAAACCCGCGUGCUCGACCUGCUGGAGAUAUACGUUAAGAAAUGCCAUUCAAGAAUCCUUGCACUCGACCUUCUCAUGCCGCUUUUGCAGCUCAGUCGCAAAUCAAAAGUCAAACAGAUUGCCACUCGCGCUAGAAAUGUGCUAAGGGAAUAUGCAAAACAGUGCAAGAAAACGGUCGACAUCCCCACCAUCAAAUCCGCGGAGCCUGUCUGGGAGCUGCUGAAAGCCGUGCACCAGGAAGCUACUCAUAGUGCGCCUGCUGGUCAUGCGUCAUCGUGUAGUCAGGCAAGUUUGCUGCUUGUGAAAAUUCUCGUAGCGCAUGAUAAGAGCUGCUUGCCGGAUAUUGUAGAUGUCUAUGGCGAUACACGCAAAAAACAGCUUACGAGCAAGAAGUGCCAUGUGCAGCCGUCGUUCUUUUCGGAUUGGAAUAAUUGGUGUGUUUCCGCGAGUAAGCAUAUGAAGGAGUAG